AUGGUCAAGCUCAAUCCACGGGUUAAGAACGAGAUCCAGAAACUCUACAGGGCAAACUACGAGGUCCGGAUGCUUGAGGGGAAGCAUACGCAGAUGGAGGUCCUGAUAAAUGGCCCCGAAGACUCUCCGUACUACGGUGCAAAGUACAUCGUUAACAUACUUCUUCCAGAUAACUAUCCAUUCAAAAGUCCUUCGAUAGGAUUCACAACCAGGAUAUUUCAUCCAAAUGUCGAUGAAACAAGCGGCUCGAUAUGCCUCGACGUUCUCAACCAGAUAUGGUCUCCCAUAUACGACCUCCUAAACAUCGUCGACAUUCUUCUUCCCCAGCUUCUAUCCUACCCAAAUGCUGCAGAUCCUCUCAAUUGCGAGGCCGGCUCGAUGUAUCUCAAUAACAGAGAAAAGUACAACGAAGUUGUUCGAAGCUAUGUCAAGAAGUAUGCCAUUCCCAUAACCAAAGAGAAGAUAGAUGUAGAAACAAACAACAGUCUAAGUGACGAGGAAAGCUUAGGCUUUUAA